AUAUAUCAAAAACUUCAUUGAGAACUUUGGGAAAUGAACGGCUGAAGGAUGAAAACAGAAUAAAAGCCAAAGCCACGUGGGCCUGCCAUUUUCCUUUGUACGUGUUGUGGAAUUACGUCCAGUCACCACGGAAUGUCCCCUCUUCCUGUGGAAAGCUGUUACCGAACGCGGUGGGGGCCGGUGGGCAGAGCGUCAGGGGCCCGGGUGCCGAAGAUCCCAGAUAUUCAGACAUCGGUGGGAUUCAGUUUUGCUUCAUGUCAGUGUUAUAAGACCGUGUUUCCGUGCGUUCCUGAAUACGGUCCUGAGGCAUUAUCUGGCUAUCAGAAGACUAUUUCAAUGAGAAGUGCCAAGACCCGUCGUCAUUGAAUACAGCAUUUUCCUUUUUGUGUUUUCCAUAAUUCGGUCACUCCAGAAAGAUGAGGAUAUUUAGUGUCUUUGAAUUCAUGGCCUACUGUCAUUUGCUGAAAGCGUUUACAAUCACGGUUCCCAAGGACCUGUAUGUGGUGGAGUACGGCAGCAAUGUGACCAUGGAGUGCAGAUUCCCCGUUGCCGAGCAAUUAGACCUGCCUUCACUGAUCGUCUACUGGGAAAUGGAGGAUAAGAAGAUCAUUCAGUUUGUGAACGGGAAGGAAGACCCGGAAGUUCAGCACAGAAGCUACAGUCAGAGGGCCCAGCUGCUGAAGGACCAGCUCUUCCUGGGGAAGGCUGCACUUCGUAUCACAAAGGUGACCCUGCAGGACGCAGGGGUUUACUGCUGCUUGAUUGGCUAUGGCGGUGCUGACUAUAAGCGGAUUACUUUGAAAGUUCAUGCCCCAUACCGCAGAAUCAACCAAAGAAUUUCUGUGGAUCCUGUCACCUUUGAACAUGAACUGAUGUGUCAGGCUGAGGGUUACCCCACCGCUGAAGUCGUCUGGACAGACAGUGACCAUCAAGUCCUGAGUGGCCAAACCACCAUCACUAAUUCCAACAUGGAGACGAAGCUUUUCAAUGUGACCAGCACACUGAGAAUCAACACGACGGCUAACGCGAUUUUCUACUGCACUUUUCUUCAAAGAGCAAGUCCUGAGGGAAACAAUACUGCCACGUUGAUCAUCCCAGAACUACAUCUGGUUCCAGCAAAUGGGAGGACUCACUUCUUGAUUCUGGGAGCCGUCCUGUUGUUUCUUCUCGUGGUCCUGGCAGUCGCUUUCUGUUUGAAAAAAAAAGAUGUGUUUUUUGAGGUGCGAAAGAUGGAUGUGGAAAAAUGUGACACCACCAAUAUGAACUCAGAGAAACAAAAUGAUCUACAAUCUGAGGAGACGUAAUCCAGCAUUGCAGCUCCUGAUCUUAAAGCAGGGAGUCUCAGCCGGUGUUUUGGGCUCAUCAGGGCUGAGCGUGACCAGAGGAAUGCGGUGGGCCAGGCGAGCUGCAGAUGACCUCGGGCGCAAGAGGCCCCAGCCCUGAAAAGUGGAAGCCGGAAGAGAAGAGAACAAAGCAAGGAGUGAGAAGGGGUCGCCUGCCAGGAAACCCUGGGGCUUCGUAACAACUGGGAGACUCACGGGCACCUGAGAAAGAGAGAGGACAGACACUUCCAGACUGUCCCUCGCUCAUCCUGGGAAAACAGGUUGAGGUUCCCUGAUUUAAUGGUCAGUUCCUACGGAAGUGCCCGUUGGCUUCACCAGCGUCUGUUUGUGUCUGCGUGGUUGAGAGCCCCAGUGUUGCAACGAUAUUGAAGUAUGUUCUCUCUAUUUAUUUCGAGUGUGUGGAGUCUUGUCACGUGAGUGUGCUUGUGAGUGAUUUCUUUUGAAGAUAUACUCGAGUGGAAGUUAAAAAUUUGCCACGAAACUAAACUGCUUGGUGACGUGUGUGUUCGAUAAGAUGUGUAGUUUUUUUUUUUUAAUUUAAUCUUUAUUUAUUUUGGGGAGAAAGAGACGGCACAUGA